AUGUGGCUCGCUCUGACGGCCCUCAGCCUGGGCUUCGUGGCGCUUCGACUGCAGCCGCCACAGGCCGUCCGCGUCCGCGCGGGCGUGCCGUGCGCCGCGGUGUCGCAGGGCGCGCCGCAGCGGGUCGCUCUCGUCGAGCUGGUGCGAGAGUCGCGCGCGGCGCCGCUGGCGAAGCGGAGCGCGCGUCGCAAGCGCGGGGAGGCCAAGGAGCGAGCGCGCCAGGAGGGCGCAGUGCUCCGCGAGGCGAGGCCUCUCGCCGACGCGCAUGCGCUGCCGUUUGAGUGGCUGCUGGUGCUGGACGUGGAGGCGACCUGCGACGCGCGCGGCCGCCCGUGGGAGCACGAGAUCAUCGAGUUCCCUGUGGUGGCGCUCAACCUGCGCACGCUGCAGGUCGAGCACGAGUUCCACUCCUUU